AUGCUUCGUCUCCAUGAAAUGCACAAUCAAUAUGGAGCCACAGAUGAAUUUCAAAAGGAGGUCAACUGGAUCAACAAUGUACACAUGAAUGAAGGGCGGUGUGUUCUUACAUACAUGUGGGGAGACUUGUUCCGCAGAUCCAAUGCCAAGGGAAGUAUUCUUCAUGACAAACUAGGAAUUGCGCGUACUCCAGGGUCGGAAAUGGUAUUGAAUCGAGCCACGGGCAAUCUGGAAAAAUGCGCUCGAGAAUUGUGUCCCUAUGCCAUUUACCAUGAAGAUAUUGGUUUGGUCAACUCGGCCCCAUAUGCCGCCAACGGUGGCUGGGGGGCUGCCAUUUCCGGCAAUACUUCUCCCGAAAAACAAAAGGCCCUGGCAGAUUUCUUUUUGUGGGCUGCCAGUCGAGAUCAGUCGGAUCAAUAUGUGAUUCCCAAGUCCACCUUGCCAUGGUACGAAAUCAAUGGACAGGAUCCUUGGCGCAAGAGUCAGUUGGAUGUGGAUAAGUGGGUCGCUCAGGGAUUCGACCGAGACUUGUCCAAACAAUACGUCGAGUCAAUCCUGACAAACUUGGUGUCCAAAAAUGUUGCAGUGGAGGCUCAGUUUCCAAAGGCGGGAGAGAUUAUGAGUGUCCUGGAUAAGGUGUUGCAUGAUUACUUACUAGGUGAUACUAUUGCUCCAAUUUUAGAGAUCUAUCAGAGGUUACGAGGAGUGUUUGUGCCAAAUGAAGAAAAGAACCAUUUGGGAGGCGUUCGGUACAUUGGCAUGGCCUUGAUGGUGAUCAUUCUUUGGUCGUCCAUGGGCGCAGCUGUUUGGAUCAUUGUCCUUCGCAACGAGAUGGUGGUCAAGGUUUCCCAGCCACUUUUCUUGGGAUUGAUAUGCUUGGGAACCUAUCAUGGCCUGCAGUAUCAUCUUUAUGGGAAUUGA